AUGGCAGAGAAUUUGAAACACCUGGAGGAGCACCUGGAGAAGUUCGUGGAGAACGUCCGUCAGCUGGGCAUCAUCGCCAGUGACUUCCAUCCCGGCAGCCAGGCGAGGCUCAACCAGAAGCUGAAUUCCAUCGUCACUGGCCUACAGGACAUUGACAAAUGCAGACGGCAGCUCAAGGACAUCACUGUGCCUUUAGAAGUGCUUGAGUACAUCGACCAGGGCCGGAACCCCCAGCUCUUCACCCAAGAGUGCCUGGAGCAGGCACUGGCCAAGAACGAGCAGGUCAAGGGCAAGAUCGACAGCAUGAAGAAACUCAAGAGCCUGUUGGUUCAGGAGCUCUCUAACGUGUUUCCGGAAGACAUGGCGAAGUACCGCAGCAUCCGCGGGGAGGACCACCCCUCUUCCUAA